UUUGAUAGUGGAGUGUUACUGCUUAGCACACACAGACUAAUCUGGAGGGAUCAGAAGAAUCAUGAGUGCUGUAUGGCUAUACCUCUGUCUCAGGUCGUCUUUAUUGAAGAGCAAGCGGCUGGGAUAGGAAAAAGUGCCAAAAUAGUAGUUCAUCUUCAUCCUGCUUCUUCAAACAAAGAGCCUGGUCCAUUCCAAAGCAGCAAAUAUUCCUACAUCAAACUUUCUUUCAAAGAACAUGGGCAGAUUGAGUUCUAUAGACGAUUAUCAGAAGAAAUCACACAAAGGAGGUGGGAGAACAUGCCUACUGGUCAGACCAUUCAAGUCAACAGGGAUCCGCAGGCAGGAAGAGUAAGGGCCGUAGGAAUUGUAGGGAUCGAAAGGAAAUUAGAGGAAAAAAGAAAAGAGACUGACAAAAACAUUUCCGAGGCUUUUGAGGAUCUUAGCAAACUAAUGGAGAAGGCUAAGGAAAUGGUGGAGUUAUCCAAGUCAAUAGCUAAUAAGAUUAAAGAAAAACAAGGUGACAUCACUGAGGAUGAGACUAUUAGGUUCAAGUCCUAUCUGCUGAGUAUGGGUAUAGCUAAUCCAGUUACUAGGGAAACAUAUGGAUCUGGUACACAUUACCACAUGCAACUGGCGAAGCAACUGGCUGGAAUACUGCAAACACCAUUAGAGGAGCGAGGAGGGAUCAUGUCACUUACAGAAGUGUACUGUCUGGUAAAUCGCGCACGAGGGUUAGAGUUGCUGUCACCAGAAGAUUUAGUAAAUGCGUGUAAGAUGCUGGAGUCACUGAAAUUACCACUAAGACUUCGGAUAUUUGACAGUGGUGUGAUGGUGAUUGAACUCCAGUCUCAUAAUGAAGAGGAAAUGGUAGCUUCUGCUUUAGAGACAGUAUCUGAAAAGGGUUCUCUCACAGCUGAUGAGUUUGCUAAGCUGGUGGGGAUGUCUGUUCUCUUAGCCAAAGAAAGGCUGCUUCUUGCUGAAAAGAUGGGCCAUCUUUGCAGAGAUGAUUCAGUGGAAGGCUUGAGAUUCUACCCAAAUCUAUUUCUGACGCAAAGCUAAUGUAGUUUGUGUACAAUUUGUUACGUAACGGUUGAACAAGAGAGCAGGGAGCAGAACCCUUCCAACAACUGACUUUACAAUUUUUAUUUUGUUAGUCAGCUGCAACAGUGAUGAACAUUGCAAUGCUUUACGGUUCUCAGGUAUUUCAAGUGCUGAAUCCUCUUACGUGGAACUGAAAGGAAAUAGGAAUCGAUAAGUCAGAA